AUGGACAACUUCUACUUUGCCCUCAUGAACGUCCUUGAGGAUGAAAAGGUUCAUCAAGAGGGCCCUCAGUUCCUCUACAAGCACAACAACAUCAAGUACUAUGACGGCGGAGAAACGGUAGUAUACAGCAUCAACGAUGGACCAAUCAUCUCGCGCCCUAUAGCGCGCUCUGACUGGACAGCGCAAGACCGGCGGGACCGGCUCUACCACAUCACCACGACCAACACGAGCGACUGGGACAUGGUCACUCAUCCCUCGCUAUUCCCCUCGAUGAGGCGCAUCCAAAAUGAGUACGAGGAAGACGACUGCCAGUUCCUGCUUGACCAGCGCCUAGGCAGGGCCAUUAUCGACCACCUAAACUUCCUGUACCCGACCCUGCCGACCGAGGAACUGCGCGAUACGUGCAACAACUUCAUCGCGCUGCUGCGAGAGGUGCCGCAUGGACGCCACCUCGAGGUCACGAACUACGUGGGCGAGCAGAUCGGAGCGUUGAUGCCCUACAUGAACGCCAAUUUCCUCACUUCGCACCAACGAAUGACAACUGACGAGGACAUCAAGCGCAUCACGAGUCCUGUGCCGCUCGAGGACAUCUCUGCGUUCGAGGGCACCAAGAUCUGCGAUAUUUGCGCUGACCAUUAUGGUGGCGAGUCCAGGAAGCAGAGGAGCGGUCUGCAGCCGGGUGAAUUGCACCCGAAUUCUCCGCGCCGCGGCCGCUGUGGCCAUGUCCUUUGCGUUGGCUGCUUUAGGAGAUUGUUCACUGAAGCUAAGGUCCCCUCGUGGGAUACUUGCCCUUACUGCAGGCAGUCUUUCGGCGUCCUCGAGGAUGAGGACGAGGUGUCGGAGCGUGACCAGGAGCGAGAAGAAGAGGGGGACCAAGAGCAAGAAGAUGAUGAUGAUGUGCUCGCGUGGAUUCAAGAGCAAUGGCAAGAAUCAGAGGAGGAGGAAUCGGAGGGGGAGCUAGAAUCAGAGGAGGAGGAUCAAGAAUCAGAAGAAGAGCAAGAACAAGAGGAGCUAGAAUCAGAGGAGGAAGAGCAAGAAGAAGAUGGAGAUGUGCUCGGGUGGAUCCAAGAUCAGGAGCUAGAGCAAGAAGAAGAUGAUUUUGUUGACCAGUGGAUCGAGGCGCUCUGUGAAUAUAUGGAGGCUCAGCUUAGGCGGUGA